ACGCACAGGUCUUUCGGACACGCGCGCUUUUGCACCCCUUGCACCAGUGUGAAAUUCGAGUGGGACGGGACCGCUCUUCCUCGCCUCUUGCUUCCACCGACAUCUCCCCGGCCAAACUGACGCCAGAUAAAGGCUCGCUCAUCUUCUUGCUCGUCUCUGCAUCCGCUGUGUUCGCUCGUCCGCAUAGUCGCGGCUUGUACUAUCGCGUCAAAGAAAAACUGGAGAGAAGCACAUGUUGGCAGCGAGCCCUUCCGGAUCUCCACGAGCCCUCCGUGGUGCCCUCUCACGCCGCUCCGUAUCCAGCCCCAUAACAAAUGUCGGUGGCUCGCCACAUGUCAAAUCGGGGCUGAACGGACAGACGCGUCGAGAUGGGCUUACGGUGACAGCCGCAGGGAAUGCGGAUGCAGGCGAAGUGCAACCGUCACUGGACACUCUCCAUGAAAUUGGGAAGGAGGUGGCGAGGCAGAUUGUAGCUCACAUUGGGAAGGACCUAGUGAGGCUGGAAGAGUUGUACCGGCUUGUCCCGGAGGAAGGCGAAACGAAUGCGGCGGGUCCCGUCACACCGCUGGACGGCGAAUGGGCUGACAGAGCGCGAGACCUCCAACCGCUGAAGGAAUGCCUUGCGGUGGCCAUUCAAAAGGAGACCGAGAGGCACGAAAAGGUCCAGAUCGAAAUCGAGUCGCUGUUGGAGGAGAUCCGUCAACAACGGGACAAACUCAAAGAGAGUUUGGAGAAGCAUGAAAAGUCCAGUGAAGCCCAAGAACCUUCUCCAUACGUUCGCCGAAGGAAGCUGCGCGAGAUGAGAGCGAAAAUCGGACGAACAAUAGAGGAGCGAGAGGAGGUAUUUUGGAAGCUGAGAGAAAAGUGGACGGCAUUGCGGGCCGAAUUGAUGGACUUGUCGAGCGAUGAAUACCCACUACCCGACGCCGACCUGUCAUUGACAUCACUCGAUGGAUGUAUACAGGUUGUACAGCGACUGGAAGAGGAGAAGGCGGCAAGGGUGAAUGCGCUUGCCCAAUCCGCGUGCUCGCUUGUACGGCUGUGUGUGGAGUUGGGCGUAACCAUUCCCGAACCUUUCCUUGCAUCGCUGUGUUCGACCGUUCCAGAGUUUGCGCCUGAAUAUGCGACCGACGAAGCUAUCCGCACCGCGAUCAGCUCACGCUCAGAAGAAACCAUGAUAGCAUGGCCGCUCUCCCGUGACUACCUACAGCAGCUGCGGGAUUCGGAAGGUGCUGUUCGAUCACAGUACGAAAAGCUCUUGGAGCGGCUGCGCCACUACAUAGCGGAAAUCAAACUAUUCUGGGAACAUCUCGAGACACCUGCGGAGGAGCGGCAACAUCUUGAAGAGAAUAUCAAACACGUCGGAGCGUACAAAGAGCUCGCCGACUCCCUUCGUACCCGCUGGAAAUCUCAGAUGGAGGAGACGAUCAACGCGCUUUUCGAGCAAUUGGAGGAACUGUGGGAUCUCUGCCACACUUCCUCAAAUCAACGCGACGCCUUCACAGCGCGGAUCGGCGAUACAAUGUACUCCCCCGUGACACUACAGCUCCUCAAAGACGAAGUCGCCACGCUACAACUCCGCUACGAGCGUUACAACGCUCUCUACAAGCUCAUGGACGCCCGCACGGCCUUCCUGAGCAAAAUGCGCGAGUUCGAGAAGACCGCGUCGGAUCCAAAGCGAUUGUUUAGGCCCAGUUUCCAGUUGGUUGAGGAGGAGAAGUUCCGUAGGACGUGUGUGCCUACCCUUUUGAAGAUGGAGGAGACGUUGAGGAAGAGGGUGGCUGCAAUGGAGGCCGAGGAUGGAUCGGCGUUUGUGGUGGGUGGGGAGCGGUUCCUUGAGCGCAUGGCGCGGGAGGUUGAGGGGAGGUUUGUGAAUGGCGCUGUUUUUGUGCUGCCGGAGGGUGCGACAACGACGACAACGACAGGGCAACAGGCCGUCGCUGUCAGUGAAAGCGUCACGUCUCCAACGGAUAAAAGGAGAGAUGUCACACAAAAACGCACGGCUUCACCAACAUUUACGCGACGCCGCCAGUCCAGCAUCCCAUAUCCACCUACUCCCACCACCACCACGUCCCGGAACCCACCUCAAGCCAGGCGUCUCGGCCUCCAGACAACACCCUCCGCCCUCCCUCGCCGGCCGUCGUCGGCUUCCACACAAAUCUUCACCGCCACUGCCGCGGCUCCGGCGUCCACGUCUAGACCGGCGUCCAGGCAAGCUACAGCUACGCCGCCGCCACCAGCACCGACGGCAUCGCGACGGGAAUCCUCGAUCAGUGCGCUUGCUAACGACCAAAAAGGUGGGAAGGCUGGCGGUCGGAAUGGGGCUAACGGGGCUGGGGCGAAUGAGAGUCGGUUGCCGCCUUCGUUGAGGUUGCCAGGGGAAGUGGUGAGGAAUAAAGUACCCGAAGCUGGAUAGCAUAUUUCGUAGGGGCUUGUUAUGAGCCACGGUCUUGGUGUGACUGGGACACUGGUGGAAAUGCUGGAAACAUAGGCUUGAGAGAGAAGAAUGGAUACCCACUUCUUUGGCUUGCCGCUCGGAAUAGAAAAUUGGAUACCACUUCUG